AUCAGAAAACAUAUGAUUAUCAUUAUGAUAAUAUGCGCAAGAAAUUAAACUCACGUUAACUGGGCCAGGCCCAUGAGCAAAGGUAAGGAGUAAAACUGUACAUGCAAGCGAUCUGAAUAAAACAACGCUCGCGGCAUCUCUUGUUCUUCGCAGAUACAAAGAACUUACCUGGAGAGAGUAAGGAUCCGGAUCCGAUACCUGAACAUGCCAAACGGGUGGAUCAAGUUCACGUCAUUACAUUGCAAGUCAAAGGCUUUCGAUGAUGUCUACGACUUUAACAGUUACAGCUGUAGAAAGAGCUCACAUUGUAGCAAAGACGUGAUCGAUACAAGAAUAGGUAAGAAAAACCUGAAACCCGAUCCGAAGUUAAGGCGUUUGAAAUCAUGUCGAGCUGAACCGGAGCUGAACCCACCUACCCGGACCCGACGGAGCAAAUCUGCCCGAACGUCCGACGCGCUGACCGAGCUGCCCGAUGGCCACCCGUCAAGAAACGUAGUGGAGAUUAUAUUCCAGUCUAGCUGGAGCCCUGAUGAAUUUCCGAGUCGGGUUGAGAUGAUUUACAAAGUGGAGAACGGGUCAAGAACUGUGACCCGGUUCGAGGAGUACAGAGAGGUUGUGAAGUCACGUGCGGGUAUAAAAGGGGAUCGAGAAGGCACUUGUGAAGAAGACGUACGGUGCUUGGCCGACGGCAACGAGAUGAUGAGGUUUUAUCCACUCCCGGACGGGGUUAACGGUGGCGCGUGGGCUUUCUCCGGCGGGAAAAGUCAGGCUGUGUGUACGUUUUCAAGUAGCGGUGAAGCGCAUGCGAGCGGCGGAGGUGGCGGAGGAAGGAGGGCGAUGCUGAUUUGUCGAGUGAUAGCGGGUCAGGUUGCGAAUAGAGUCGGGUUCGGGUCGGACUCAGUAGCUGGUCGUGACGGUGAGUUGUAUGUCUUUGAUACACGAGCGGUGUUGCCUUGUUUCCUACUCAUUUUCAGGUUGUAAAAAUAAUAAUAAUAAUUUUUCGAUUCAA